AUGGCGUCAGAAAGGCUUUUACACCAUAUAGGACCAAUUUUACAAUCAAUCCAGUUUACAUUGGCUCUGAUUUGCCUGCUUUCAAACACCUGGUUGGUCACUCCAAACGGGGAAGCAAGUCAAGGCCUGUUUAACCGAUGCUUCCCUGCUGACAAUGACUCGUGCAUAGAGGAGAAUGGUUGCCUUUCUUGCAAUAGCAGUUCUGGCGAUAAAGAAUGUGUUGCUCUACCUGGAUAUACUCAGGGACCGGAGGAGCUUAUUGCGGGAGGCCUUUUAACAACAUCCGUUAUCUAUCGCGCCAUACUUAUAGUCAUUACCAUAUUUCUCCUGUACACUGGCGAGGAUUCUGCAUCGGAUAUGCGAGAAGAUCUUAAAGGCUAUUUGCCAAUAUAUGAAGAAUGCUCAGCUGUGUGUGACAUGGGCAUUGUGUGCUUUUACAGCUUCAUGAAUACGAAGAAUCGAUCCGGAGAUUAUUGCUUCAUAUUCGGUGCAGCCUAUUAUAUCAACUAUCUUCGACCGUUUCUGUCUCUACUUUUGUUCCGAUGUUUACCUGGUUGUUUGCACUAUGUGGGGAAGUCAAAGGUCAUCCGGAAUGGUGUGAACCGGAAAACAUCCAAAAUACCAGACACUUAGUCGAACUUAUAUCCGUCAAGUACUAAAGACUAAUGUGUAGGGCUGGGUAUUUUGAAUCCAAUUGUCAAUUAUUCAAAUCGGUUCAGACCGGACUAUCAAAUCGCCGCCAUCUUGUAUUUUUGUUAGCCCAUAGGUCGAGAUGAAUCUCUUAUUUUUUAUUCAUGUCAAAUUUCCGAUUCUGAAAUCAUCAGAUAUAUUCGAAAAUGCCCAACCCUA